AUGGUGGACUACAGCAAAUGGAAAGACAUCGAGAUCUCAGAUGACGAAGAUGAGACUCAUCCAAACAUCGACACACCAUCGCUGUUUCGCUGGAGGCACCAAGCCCGUGUAGAACGCAUGGAAGAACGGAAACGUGAAAAAGAAGAUCACGAACAACGAAAAGCUGAAAAUAUCCGGAAACUUGCCGAAACCAAAAAGAAAAUUGCCGAAGUAGGCCCAGACAGUGCUGACCUAGAAUCAUUAAAGAAAGCUCUUGCAGAACUUGAAAAAGAGGAAAGAGCAAUAAAAACGAAGGAAGAUGAAUUGAAAAAGAAAGAAAAGAAAACACCAUGGAAUGUUGAUACUAUAAGUGAGCCAGGAUUCACAAAAACUAUAAUUAACACAAAGCCUGUAAGGCCGAAAGAUGAAAACUUAACAGAAGAAGAAAAGGAAGCAAGAAUGAAGAAGUUUAUAACAGAAAAUGAAAAGUUGUUAAAACAAUUUGGUAUGCUUCGCCGUUAUGAUGAUUCUAAGCAGUUUCUUCUGGAGCAUAGUCAAUUAGUUUGUGAGGAGACUGCCAAUUACCUUGUUAUUUGGUGUAUAAACUUAGAAAUGGAGGAGAAACAUGACUUAAUGGCACAUGUAGCACAUCAGACAAUUUGUAUGCAGUAUAUGCUAGAGCUCUCUAAGCAGUUAGAUGUGGAUCCAAGAGCUUGUGUUGGUUCUUUCUUCUCCAGAAUUCAAGUGGCAGAAAAGACUUACAAGGAUUCAUUUGAUGAUGAAUUAGAACAAUUCAAAGCAAGGAUUAAGAAGCGUGCAGCAGAAAAAAUUCAAGAAGCUCUCCGUGAACAAGAAGAAGAAGAAAGGAAAGCCAGACUAGGACCAGGUGGCUUGGAUCCUGUGGAAGUGUAUGAAGAACUACCUGAAGAAUUAAAGAAAUGUUUUGACUCUCAAGAUGUUCCCAUGCUCCAAGCGACUAUAGCCAAGAUGCCUGAUGAAGAAGCUGUAUACUACAUGAAGAGAUGUGUUGAUGCAGGACUUUGGGUUCCUGGGAAGAAAGAUGAGGAACCUACAAUGAAAGACAAUUCUAAUGAUACUCCAUCUGUUAGCACUGGAGAAGUAGAC